ACAGGUCACCUAAAAUAAAAACUGUCGAUUUUCUCACAAAAUGGGAAUAUAACAACGUCUAAUACGGGAACAAAUCAUUUUCAGAGUCAGAUUUUUUCAAUGACUCGUUUGAUCAAGUUCACAGUCAGAAAUGAGUGGCGCAGGAACGUUUCAGCUGGUCAAAUGUUGGAUCAUCCUCAAACUAACAAUGAAAAGAGCGUUCACUCACAGACACACACACCAUACCAAGAGAAGAGGAGCGUGGGGGGGUGAGAGAAAGAGAAAGAGAGAGAGAGAGAGAGAAACGCUACAGAUGCAGGAGGUGGUGCUUGGACACAUUUUAGAGGCGUAAAGGCCUGCCUCAUUUGGCGUAGAUCAGAUCUUUUACAAAAAGCCACAUCCAGCACUCAAAACAAGAGAAAGUCGCCGCCGGCUGCUGCCAGCAUCCUCACCCCACCGCAGGAGUAACAGCAGCCUGGCUGUUGCAUCAACAACACGUAGCUGGACAUGAAUCCCGGCAGUCUGCGUGGCGUUCUGGACGUCAGCAACACAACCUGGGCUCUGUCGGAGCGCUCUGUGCUGCAGCCCAUGUGGGAUUACCUUCAGCAGAACCAUGAGAGCACCUUGCGCUCGCCGCUGUUUCCCGUCAUCCUCUCGGUGUCCAUGUACCUGGUGCUGGUGUUCUUCUACACCGUGCUGGACCUGCUGGCUCCCACCUGGCCCUCCAUCCGACGCUACCAGAUCCACCAGGACCGUACCAUCACCUGGUCCAACAUCGGCUCCACUUUGGCGCUCACCACAUACAACCAUCUGCUCUACAUCUUCCCCGCGGCCGUAGCCCAGUGGCUCUGGCGGCCGCCCGUGCCGCUGCCCCGCGAGGCGCCCACGCUCACCGCCUUCCUGCUGGGAAUCGUGGGCUGCACCGUGGUGUUUGACUUCCAGUACUACUUGUGGCACCUGCUGCAUCACCGUGUCGGCUGGCUCUACCGCACCUUCCACGCGCUCCACCACCAGUAUCGCCAAACCUUCAGCCUGGUUACGCAAUACCUGUCCGCUUGGGAGCUCUUCAGCGUGGGCUUCUGGACCACUGUAGAUCCUUUGCUCCUGCAGUGCCACUGUCUCACCGCCUGGGCGUUCAUGCUCUUCAACAUCUGGGUGUCCACUGAGGACCACUGCGGGUACGACUUCCCUUGGGCGAUGCAUCGUCUGGUUCCCUUCGGCCUUUGGGGUGGAGCGCUGCGGCACGACGCUCACCAUCAGCAGCCGGGCACCAACUUUGCACCUUUCUUCGCCCACUGGGACUGGCUGGGGGGAACCGCAACCAUGCCGGCUCCUGUGAAGACAAAAACGCGGAAAGAAAGGGAUGAAAAGGAAGCCUGACGCUCUGCUUUCCCUUUCACACCCUCGCUCUCAUCUCUCUCUUCACUCCAUCUGUCCCGCCCUGUCUCGCACGUUCCCCGUCGCUAUUCAUCUUCUCCCUGAACUGCAGAUCAAGUGUCUUACUAACAAACUAGUAGAGAAGCAAGCAGCACAUUCCCGGCGAAAGCGU